UGUCUACUGGCGGCAAUCGUGAUUUCCCCAUGAGAGCAACAGUUGACACGGACGGUCCACGCUAGCGAUGAUGUCAUUCAUAUUUCUAUUUAGAUGCUUUAAAUGACCAAUAAGUUGGUUGCUUUAGUUUGUAGCGCUCAUAAACUGUGAGGCGUCUUUUUGCCUUCCGAGGCUUUAUCAUGCCGUCAUUUGAUUUCCACGGCGUGACGGUGCAAUUCCCCUUCCCUCCCUACGAGUGUCAGAAAGAUUACAUGAAGAAAGUCAUCGAAUGUCUUCAGACGAAGGUAAAUGGAGUCCUGGAGAGUCCCACAGGCACUGGGAAGACCUUGUGCCUGCUGUGUGCCACCCUGGCUUGGAGGGAUCACACCAAAGAUGCGAUCUCCCAACAGAAAAUAGCAGAAAGGCUGGAUGGGAAGGAGAUGUUUCCCAGUAUUCCUCACCCAUCUUGGGGGCAAGCCAACAGCGAUGUUUCAACACCAACAAGCUACAGUGAUGUUCCCAAGAUCAUAUAUGCGUCACGAACACACUCUCAGCUCGCUCAGGUUGUCAGCGAGUUAAGGAACACUUCGUACAAACCUAAGGUGUGUGUUUUGGGCUCAAGAGAACAGCUGUGUAUCAACCCAGAAGUGAUGCGCCAGGAAAACCACCAUGUCAAGGUCCAUAUGUGUCGAGGAAAGGUGUCCACGAGGUCGUGUGUCUUCUAUAACAAUGUUGAAGAGAAAAGCACCGAUCGAGAAUUGGUGAACACCAUCAUGGACGUUGAAGACCUGGUCAAAUUUGGCAACAAACACAGGUCAUGUCCUUACUACCUUUCACGCUCCUUAAAACAGCAGGCGGAUGUGAUUUUUACGCCCUAUAAUUACCUGCUGGAUCCAAAGAGUCGAAGAGCUCAUCAAAUCGAACUGGCUGGAUCUGUUGUCAUCUUUGACGAGGCUCAUAAUUUAGAGAAGACCUGUGAGCAGUCAACGUCGUUCGAACUGAUGCCGUAUGAUUUAGCCUCAGCUAUUAGUGCCUUGACCAGGUUGCUAGCUGAGCAGGCUACAGAAGCCAGUCUGGGAGAGUCUUCUGUUCAAGGUUUAAAACCAAACAUAGAAAAUGUUGCAAAAAUCAAAGAGAUUUGUCUGAAGCUGGAAGCUGCUCUUGAUGCAUUCCAGGUUGCAGCUGACAAAGGAAUAACAAAACCUGGAAUCUUCAUAUAUGAGCUAUUAGAGAGAGCCAGUUUGAACUACGACAACAAGGCUGCUGUGUUUGAGACGCUGGAGCAGAUCAUUGGAUCACUAGCAGGACAACCUGGGAUAUUUCACAACACAAGUGGAUUGCAGAAGCUCUCGGAUAUGAUACAGCUGGUGUUCCCUGGCAACGUGCCAUCAUCAAAGUUAGACCGGCAAAAGAAAUUGGAAGAUAAUACUGCUUCUUUUAAGGUUCACAUCCACCAAGACACCAGCUUUCAAAAAAAACAAAAGAGCGCUGACCUGUGGGCUUCAUCUUCUACAAAGAAAACAGGAAACAUUCUGAGUUACUGGUGUUUUUCUCCGGGCUUCAGCAUGCAGGACCUGGUGAAUCAAGGUGUUCACUGCAUCAUUCUGACCAGCGGUACCCUCUCUCCUCUCAGCUCCUUUACUUCAGAGAUGAGAAUAAAAUUCCCAGUGUCUUUGGAAAACGGCCAUGUGAUCGAGCGGGACCAAAUCUUUGUUAGCGUCAUUGAACGAGGCCCAGAUGAGGUACCGUUAAGUUCGGCAUUUGACAGAAGAUUUGUUCCUGAAAACCUAUCAUCGUUAGGAAACACAGUAGUGAACCUGAGCCGCAUCAUACCACAUGGACUUCUGGUGUUCUUUCCCUCCUUCUUUUUGAUGGAAAAAACUCUGGAGUUCUGGAGAGACAAUGGACAUGCAAGUCGCAUUGAGAGUGUGAAGCCAAUAUUUGUCGAACCCAAAGGGAAGGGAACCUUUACUGAGACUAUUGGAGGUUACUACGACGCAGUAAAUGACUCAAAAUCCAGAGGCGGAAUCUUUGCAGCAGUUUGUCGAGGAAAGGCUAGCGAGGGUUUGGAUUUUGCAAACACGUUUGGCCGUGGUGUUAUCAUCACCGGACUCCCCUUUCCACCAAAGCUGGAUCCUCGGGUCCUCCUGAAGAUGCAGUUCUUAGAUGAAAUGAACCAAAAGAAAAUUCCCGGCAUGAAGUUCCUUUCAGGGCGGGAGUGGUACCGAGAGCAGGCUUUCAGAGCUGUGAACCAGGCUAUCGGCAGAGUCAUUCGCCACAAGGACGACUAUGGCGCCAUCUUCCUGUGUGACCAGAGGUUUAAAAGUAGAGACGCACAACUGCAGCUUCCAUCGUGGGUGAGACCCAGCGUGCGUCAUUAUGAAAACUUUGGGAACAUAGUCCGUGAUGUUUGCCAGUUCUUCAGGGUUGCACACAAAAUGAGGCCCAUGUUGGAAAAGAGCACUGCACCAGAACUUGCUUCAGAGUGUCCAGCGAGCAGUCGUCAGUCAUCAUCUCCUCGGUCCUGUGGCUCCACUUCUUACUUACACACUCAGAAGGCCAAAAUGUUGGACUCGCACACCAACACUCUUAAAAGGAGGCGACCUGAUGAAGACACUGCAGUCGCCAGUAUUUUCAAACAGUACGAGUCUCAGACUGCAAAAAGUGCAAGGAAAGCAGGCAAUCUGUUUGAUGCCCUGGACCGUGUUGAGACCCGAAGAGAAGCCAAUGGUGCUUUGGGAGAACAGACGCCAAGCAAGUUGUCCACGCUGUCGCUGCAAUACGACAAAAGAUUGGAGGAGAUGAUGAAUGGAGGGAAACGCAAAAUAAAUCUGGUCCACGAGCAGAAGCCGAGUUUUUCCAGGGUUGUUUCUGGAGAUGGGAAAAAGGCCAUCGCCAAGAACUUCCUGGGAGAAAUGAAGUCGUCCCUCAGCCAGGUCAACUUUGAGCGAAUUCGCCUGGCUCUACAGUCCUACAAGAAGACUGACAACGUGGACAUUCUGCUGUCAGACACGUCGCUGUUAACCGAUGACCCUCAUACUUACAGUCUGUUGCGCGGGUUAUACCACUUUGUACGACCACACCACAAGAAGACAUUUGAUGAGAAGUGCCAGGAAGUGACGGGUGCUGGCUGUGGGUACAAACCCGAACACUCUGAGAGCAAGACAGGGAUGCCACAUGCUGCAGAUGUGGACCCCAGUAGAAUUUCAGCCUCCAGUUCUAGUUUAAAGUCCAGCAGCGCUCCAAAAAACAAGCAAGGAGGACUUGAGGAUCUGGGAGGAAGUCAAGCUGGCACUACUCCAAAGGGUCAAGUCCAGGCUGCCUUUCUGGCCGACGUAAAAAAAGCGCUGGGUCCGGAGGGAUCAGCCCGGCUGUGCCAGGCGGUGCACAGCUACAAGGCCACAGACAACUAUGACAACAUGGUGGCUGUGGCUGUGGCCUUGUUCACCGAGAAAGAUAAAGACUUCAGCCUUCUAUGCAGAUUUGCCAGUAUUAUUCGUCCUCACCACAAGAGGCAGUACAAAGAGAUGCUGAGAGCAUUGUUGGCUCGGCUGGCUGAAACUGCUGUUGAGCAAAACCACCACAACCAAUCAGAGUAAGAACUAUCCAGUCCGUGACUACCAUGCCACUUUCAAAUCAUGACAUCUAGUUUUAAUAGUUAAGAAAUUAUAAACACAAUGUGUAUUUUUUAAACUCAUUUGUUUCUACUAUCUGUUUGU